AUGUCCAAGAAAACUCGUGGACCGAAUUUUUCAUCAGGUGAAAAAAAAGUUUUAAUAGAACUUACUGACAAAUAUAAGGAAAUAGUUGGAAAUAAAAAAGCCGAUGCCGUAACCAUAGCUGCAAAAAAACAGGCGUGGGAAAAAUUAACAGAAGAAUUUAAUACCCUCAGCUCUUACUGUAUUAGGACAGAAGAUCAAUUGAGAACAUGUUGGGACAACUUAAGAAGAACUACUAGGAAUGAGAAAGCUUUAGCGAAACAGGAAUCUCACUUAACAAGAGGAAACAGAAACGAAAAUCCUUCUGAUACAUUGCAAGCACAGAUUAAGUCUUUGCUAGGAUCAAGUUUAGUUGAGGUUGAUAAUGUAUUUGACUCGGACAGCCAUUCUAUAGAAGAAAAUGACACAUUGUAUGUAGAAGUCCUAUCAGAAACUGAAACAAAAGAAGACAAGAAAACUGAUGCUGGACGUUCACAAGUACUAAAAGUAAAAAGAAUUUUACAAUCUAAGAAUGCAGAUAAUAUUUGUAGAAGCCGGACACCAGAGGCAACAAAGACCAAAGUGUUCAAUCAUCGUAAACGGAAAAAUAAUUCACCAUCGUCAUCAUCUUCAUCAUCAUCAUCAUCACCUCAUAAAAAAAGACCAAGAACUUCACUACAGGACAAAGCAUGUGAUCCAGGCAACAGACGUCAACAGGCAUUUGUUCCACGGACACCAGCUAUGCUCUCGGCUGGAUCCAAAGCAAAACCGGCUCCCCGCAUACCAUUUCACUUACCACCAUUGCCAGAUCCACAUGCAUAUAUUAGAACACCUACUCACAAGCAACCAGUAACAGAGUAUGAGGCUAUUAGAGAAAAAGCUGCAUAUCAGAAGAAAGAUAUUGAGAAAGCAAUAACUGAAUUUCUAGCAAAAACAAGUGAGACACACAACCUCUUCAACACUGAAGAUAAUCCAGUUUUUCCAUUGAUAGCAUGCAAACCAACAUUUCCUGCGUACCUGCCAUGCCUUCUGCCGACUGACCAAGGGUUUGACUUUGAUGAACUAGAAUAUCACUUCCAAGUGGCGAAUAGAACAGAAGAUAUGCCAGCAGAUAAAAAAGAUCAAUCAGACAAUGAAGGUGAUAACGGCGACGACAAUGAUAAUGCAAACAAUUCCCACUCGGAAAAUCAAGAUACUCCAUCGGGGUAA